GGAGGGUCACAUGUAGGACAUGAGUGAUAAGAUUCCUGGAUAGGACAUUGACUUCCAAUUGCAGGCGGGAUGCACACAGUUGGAAUCUGGCACUGGCCAACCUAUCAAACUAGCUUUAAAUUGUUUUUCCUGAGCUCGAGAAACGAAAGAUGGCUUUGGAAAUGCUGAACCCAAUGCAUUAUAACAUCACCAGCAUGAUGUCUGAAGUCAUGCCUGUGGCCACCUUGCCAAUCCUGCUGCUCACUGGCUUUCUUCUUUUGGUUUGGAAUUAUGAGGACACAUCUUCAAUACCAGGUCCUGGGUAUUGCAUGGGAAUCGGGCCCCUCAUUUCCCACUGCAGGUUCAUGUGGAUGGGGAUGGGCAAUGCCUGUGACUACUACAACAAGAUGUAUGGAGAAUUCAUGAGAGUCUGGAUAUGUGGAGAGGAAACACUCAUUAUUAGCAAGUCCUCAAGUACGUUCCACGUAAUGAAACACAAUCACUACGUCUCCCGAUUCGGCAGCAAACUUGGGUUGCAGUGCAUCGGCAUGCAUGAAAAUGGCAUCAUAUUCAACAAUAAUCCAACCCUCUGGAAAGUUGUUCGACCUUUCUUUAUGAGAGCUCUGUCUGGCCCAGGCCUCGUGCGCAUGGUGACAGUUUGUGUUGAAUCCAUGAUAACACAUCUGGACAGGUUGGAAGAGGUCACCAACGAACUGGGUUACGUCGACGUGUUGACCUUCCUGAGGCGCAUGAUGCUAGACACCUCUAACGUGCUCUUCCUGGGGAUCCCACUGGACGAAAGUGCCAUUGUGGUUAAAAUCCAGGGUUAUUUUGACGCGUGGCAAGCUCUCCUUCUCAAACCAGACAUCUUCUUUAAGAUUUCUUGGCUAUACAGAAAAUACGAAAAGUCUGUCAAGGAUUUGAAAGAUACCUUGGACAUUCUGAUAGAAGAAAAAAGACACAGAAUUUCCACAGCGGAGAAACUGGGAGACUGUAUGGAUUUUGCUACUGAGCUGAUUUUUGCUGAGAACCGUGGUGACCUGACAAAAGAGAAUGUGAACCAGUGCAUACUGGAAAUGCUGAUUGCAGCACCAGAUACCUUGUCUGUCUCUGUGUUUUUUAUGCUUUUUCUCAUUGCAAAGCACCCUAAGGUUGAAGAGGCAAUAAUGAAGGAAAUACAGACUGUUGUUGGUGAAAGAGAAGUAAGGAUUGAUGAUAUGGAAAACCUAAAAGUGGUGGAAAACGUCAUCUAUGAGAGCAUGCGGUACCACCCUGUUGUGAGCUUGGUUAUGCGCAAAGCCUUACAGGAUGAUGUCAUCGAUGGCUAUCCAGUGAAAAAGGGAACUAACAUUAUCCUGAAUAUUGGAAGAAUGCAUAGACUCGAGUUUUUCCCCAAGCCCAAUGAAUUUACUCUUGAAAACUUCGCAAAGAAUGUUCCUUACAGGUAUUUUCAGCCAUUUGGUUUUGGGCCCCGUAGCUGUGCAGGAAAGUACAUUGCCAUGGUGAUGAUGAAAGUUGUCCUGGUUACACUUCUGAGACGAUUCCACCUGCAGACUUUGCAAGGAGAGUGUGUUGAAAAUAUGAAGAAAAAAAACGACUUGUCCUUACACCCAGAAGGAACUGGCAGCUUGCUGGAAAUGGUUUUUACCCCAAGAAAUUCAGAAAAGUGCCUCAAACACUAAACAAGGUUGAUCAGCACUUAUUCUGGAGCAUUUCUCAGUAGUUCACAUGGAAAUUGUCUGUCUUUACCAGGUAGUGUCAUCCUCACAGUGAAUAUUUGGUGGCCUGUGCCAUUUUAUAGGAAUACCUCAUAUGGGAUGUCAGCAAGCCAGGAGACAUUGGUUGUCUGUUCUUGACCAAACCAGAGAACCAGACUUCCAAAGAAAAUAGAGGCAAACAGUUUGCAGGGAAAAUGGUCAAUUCCACAAAGCAUGCUUUGGAAAAGAUAGGCCAUGAGCAAAAGUUAUGUCCUCCUUCCCACAAAAUCCCCACUGCCUUGCCCCAAGAGCAUUUUAAUGCCUGAGGCUGAAGCACUCAAGUCCAUUAGAAAGACCAGGCUGGUGUCUGGGUGCUUAGGGCCAAACACACCUGCUCAGUGAUUUGAUUUAGUUUUUAGUGGUAGGGUCUACAACAUUCAUAUUCUUUGGAGAAAUGCUUACAAAUUUAGUAUUUGACUUUUCCUAUGAAUUAUUCAAUUAACUCUUGAUCAUCCAUAGGUGGCUUGUCUGUGGCAAAAGUUAAAUAGGAGACUCUCCUUUCCCAGUCUCUCAAUUCAUGCCUCAGCCACUUACCUCCACUACCAUAGAUAUUGAUUUGGGUAAUACAAAGUAAUUUAGUAAUAGCCUGAGUAUAAUAUAGUUAGGACCACCCAACUGCUUUAGGGAAAAAAAAAUCACACAAUGCAUUUCAAAAUUCAAAUAAAAAUUGUUUCUUCAUGUUUGCAUCCUUGCUUAGCUCCCCUAGCACUAGGCAAGAGGUAACUUUAAAUAAUGGCGUGUAUUAACUCUUACAACAGCCCCCAGUGAUUUGAGGUAGGGCUAAUUCCCCAUCUAAUUCCCCAACCUAGUGGGUUCAAACCCGUUUCAUCCUCUUUCUCCCUCAACAGUCUCCCCUUCUCUUUCUUUCCAUCAUCCCAAAGUCAACAGCAACAGAUCAGUGGAGAACAAGGUCAGGGUAGAACCCCUGCAAUCAUCCUUUAUCCUACUUCUGAUUUAAUAGUUACCUUAGAGAUUUAAUAGCUAUUGAGUUUAUUGAAUCAUUACAUAUAGCUAUGGAUAAAAUGCACACCUUAUAAUUAGCUCUUUAAAGAUAAUCAAGUAGAUGAGUUAAUUUUCCAAAUACCACAUUAUUUGUGUUAUAUAGCCAAUAUGAUUGUAUCUGCUGAAUGCCAUUUAAAAAUUGAAAAUAAUUUGCAAAAAUAAACUCAUUGCCAUUGAGUCAACCACCA